CUAAAUAAUCAUGGAUCAUUUACAGACAUGUAACGGUUUGUGUUCUAUUUAAGGUUUUAACUUUUCUUCUGCUCCUUGUUACUUAUCUUUCACCUGAUGUUGACAUGUUUAACUACAUCUAAUGGCAGGGAAUUUUAUGUUGAGAAGUCAGUAGUCAGAAGGUUACUGACUGUCAGGUCUCUGUUAUAAUAAUGACUUGCUGGUUAGCUUAAUUUUUCCACUGCUUAAACUUUACAGUGAAAUGUAAAUUUGUGUGCUCAGUGUAGAGUGAAUAUUCCGGUUUGGCUGAUUACUGAAUCUGUGCCUUUAAAGCACCGGAUCUGGAUUUCCCAUUACCACCCACAUAAACACGCCCAACUGACUGUAUUGUAGCUUCCUGUUACACACAAACACACAGCUGCAGAAAUGUCACAGAGAGGACUCUUCUGCCAGUCUCAGGCCCCCAACUUAAUAAAACCUUUUUUAUUCUGUAUCUCUGCUACGUACACGAUCUAAAGGGACUGGAACUGGAGGUCAGUGCAGUGUUUAACUGAAGAACAGGAGCAUGGAGAGUCUUCCUUUUGACCUAAACUGGACUUUGGAUACGUCAAGGUGGAAAACCAGUGACAAUCCAGUAAGAAAUGGAGAUGCAUUAGACUUGGGCUAUGGCAGCCUUAACUGGGCAUCCACAAAAAGUCGGCCUCAUAACGAUAACGAUACAAAAGAAGAAGCAGACAAGUCAAGCACCCCUUCUGAUCAGGUAGAAAAGCAAAUGAAAGUAGACUUUUUCCGCAAACUUGGCUACUCUUCAGAGGAAAUCCAAGCAGUCCUUCACAGUCUUGGUGUACAGGCAGAUACCAAUUCGGUACUUGGGGAAUUGGUCAAACAUGGAGCAAAUCCAGAAAGAGAUCCAAAUCCUGAGGAGCCCUCAGAAACCCUUUUGGUUUCUAGAGGUGUGUUGGGAAGCAGGUGUGCCCCUUCGGUAGCUUCAAGUGAAGACAACAAGACAAGUGAUGGCAACAACUUAAGGCCAAUUGUCAUUGAUGGCAGCAACGUGGCAAUGAGUCAUGGGAACAAACAAGUCUUUUCAUGCCGUGGGAUUCUCCUUGCUGUCAACUAUUUCUUAGAAAGAGCACAUACAGAUAUCACAGUGUUUGUACCCUCAUGGAGGAAAGAGCAGCCUCGCCCAGAAAUGCCUAUUACAGACCAACAUAUUCUGGGUGAGCUGGAAAAACAGAAGAUUGUUGUCUUCACACCAUCACGCCGGGUGGGAGGAAAACGUUUGGUGUGCUAUGAUGAUAGAUUCAUUGUUAAACUGGCCAUUCAGUGUGAUGGGGUUAUCGUAUCCAAUGACACAUACAGAGAUCUCCAGAGUGAGAAGGUCGAGUGGAAAAAAUUCAUAGAGGAGCGUUUACUUAUGUAUUCAUUUGUUAAUGACAUAUUUAUGCCACCAGAUGAUCCUUUAGGAAGACAUGGGCCAAAUUUGGAAGACUUUCUCAGAAAAAAACCUUUAGGGCCAGAAAACAAGAAAGUUCAGUGUCCUUACGGUAAAAAAUGUACGUAUGGAAUUAAAUGUAAAUUUUAUCAUCCCGAGAGGAUCAACCAACCUCAGCGUUCUGUAGCAGAUGAGCUUCGUGAAAAUGCAAGGCUUUCUCCUACCAAAUCUGCACUUUACUAUCCAGUAGAUGACAGAAAAUCUAGGAAGAUAUCAUUGGUAGAUGUUCCACCCUUAGACUCUGAAACUACACACUUGCAGAAGCUACCUGUUGAGAGGACCAGUUCACUACAAAAGAACAGAGUUGUGGACAACAUGGCAGCAAAGCAGUUUUUUUAUAAUAGCAAGUCAACCAGUUCAAAGGACUCACUUGUCCGUAACUCUCUUGAUUCUGGCAUUGAGGUGUGGGCCAGUGUAUCAAACAGCUAUUGUGAAAGUUCUCAUGAACCUGUAGUCUAUGGAGAUUACUGUAACUGUGCUCAGAGACAUUGUUGUCAGCACAGACAUGAUUUGGACACUGAUGGCUGUCAACCCUAUAGCUGUGUGUCGCGCAGCCACAGUUCAGCACCUUAUUUCCCAUAUAAUGCACCUUCUCAAUGGCCACCCCAAAACACAUCACACCCGAUAUAUAGAGAACUACCUAAAACAGGCACAAAUAGCAACCGUAGUCUUCCAAAUGAAUAUAACCCCCCUCCAGGACACUCACUUGAGUUCUGGUCAGAGCCAAAUCCAAUCCUGUCCUCUAGUAGACAUCAAAGUAGUUACCCAGUUUAUCAACAAACUCCACCUUCUGCUACUGAUUUGCCCCAGUGGUCUAGUUCUGAUCCCUUUUCAGCUGAGCGAUUAAGUGUGCGCACUAAAUUGUGUGCAAUCUUUCAUCCCUCAUUAGUGGAUGCUGUAAUGAGAAAUUUCCCGCAACUGCUGGAUCCACAAACUUUAGCAGCUGAAAUAUUUGCUUACAAAUCCCAGCACAAGAUGUGAAAGCAAACCAAAGAAACCCCUAAAUAUGGGUCUGAUUUCAAUAGAAGUUAGCAACAAACCCGCCAUUCCAUGGUGUCGCUUUUCUUCUUGUUUAGUAACAAGAUAUGACAGAGACUAAGGUUAGGAAUGGUUAUGAAGCUAUGACCAGAAAGUAAGUAGACAUUUACUGGUAAUGGUGAAAAGACAAAAGCACUUUUAAAGGGUUGUAUGUAAUAUAAAAGCUAUUACAUAAAAAGCAAUGUGCCCUGGUGCAAGUUGUUGUACAUAGCUAGUGGAUUGUUUCUGUAGAAGCUUCCAAGCAGUUUUACAUGCUAAAUGGGGCAACUAAGAAUAUACUUGCCAAACAAAGUAAAAGCAAGUGAUAUCCAUAUGGAGGUGUGAGAGCAAAUUAGAGAGAUAGAGAGCAAGAAGUAGAUAUUUUAGACGGUAGACUACAUAAGGUAGUUCACUUGUACCCGAAUAACAGCCAUAAUUGUUCAGAUAGUAUAAUAAGAAAAUAUUGUGAGCAAGAUGUCUUGAAAAAUAAGGAUUAAAAUAGAAUAUAUAAGGUAAAAAGAGGCAAUAGGAUCAGGUGGAGAGAAGAGACAACACCAGUCAUGCAAAAACUGGUAUAUUGCUUUGGUAAUUGCACCGAAGAUACAAAGCUGGGCAAGAUUGUUAUUUCAGGCUGGAGUAGUAAAAGAAGUCGCCUUCAAGGUCUAUCUUUCUAAAACAAACUGGACUACAGAAUUCAGGACAUAUAUAAUAUAUUAAUUUGUUACUGUAUACAGCAGUUUGUUUCAGUGAUUUUGAGAUGAAUGUUUCUAUUUUUGCCACACAUUAGAUCUCAGCUUUUCAUUUACAACUAAAAAAUAGCUUAAAAUCCAAAACCAGAUAUUUUAAGUUUUCUCGUCUAUAAAGAAAGCACACAAGCAAACCUUUCUGUUUUGGCACAGAUACAUAUAAUGAUAAGAUUCUUGAUCUAAAAGAAUUGAUUUGCUUACAGGGGCUGCAAUGCAAGAUGUGUAGGCAGGCUUGAGACUCUAUAUAUUCUCUGUAUUUUCCACAGAGUACCUUGAAUGCAUAUUUUCAUAGGGUUUAUCCCACUACAAACUAUUAUGUUUUAGCUGUCCUGGAUGUUUGUCCGGUAUUCAGUCAUGUUGGAUUUUUGACAAUGCACAAUGAAUGACUGCACAUCUAAUAUACGUUUCAUAUAUAAUUUUAUAUUGUUAAUUGGUGUAAUUUUCUUAACCUCAUGUGUAAAUCAUCAUGCAAAGAAACAAUUGUCUUGGGGCAGUUGGUAAGUUGAUACAUAUUGUAUCUAAAUGUAAAACUCCAGUACUUAAUCAAUGAUUACAUUAAUAAAGGGGAAACAUGGACCAAUUCAACUGAAACAGUUUUCUGUCUCAGCUAUGAGACAUUCAGUUAGCGUUUGGAACAUUGUUUCAGUGCUAAUUCCCUUAUAUCACUUCCUAUAUGGAGGAUAGUAAACUCUGACAUGAAAUAUUGCACACUGUAUUGUUGUGUCCUCCCUGCCACUAAUGGUGAUCAUUAGAAUUGGUUGACUAAGCACUAUGUGCUACUUGGCCACAAAGGAGAAAAUCCUUCUGCAUUAUGUUAAUUACAAACAUUACUAAUAGGUAAUGUAUUAACAGAGUAAGCAAAACAUGCUUUUUAUUAUUGUUUUGUAUAUAAUUUGUUCAUUUAAUUGAAAUAUUGUUUUACUGGGUAAGAGCACUUGAUCAGGCGAUGCCCUGGUCAAGCGGUUAGCUAUUUGAUAUGUGACGCAACCACUGAUGUGUUACUUCCGGAAGUGAUUGUGAAAUAAAUGUUCUAAAUUUCAUUAAA